AUGGAGAAGAAGGAUAAUAUUGAAAAAACACUUAUGAGUAUUAUAGAGAAUAUUAAGAAAAAUAGAAAGCUUGUUGACCAAAAUAUAAGUAAUUUAAGUAUUGUAUUUAAUAUUAUCAGAGAAAAUAUUGAAAAUAUUAAUGGAGAAAACGUUGAAACAAUUAUCAAAGAAACAAUCAAAACAAUUGAUAAUAAUAAAGAAGUAGAACAACUUAAUGUUAUUGGGAUUGCAAUUUGUACAUAUUGUUUACCAGUUAUUAAAAAGGAGAAAAUAAUUAAUUUAAUAGUAGAUUACGUUAAAACAUUUCCUAAUGAAUUUGAAACAGAAGCACUUAUUUCCUUGACAAUUGUUAUUUACGAAUUUAUGAUUAUGACAGGAAAUAAAACUAUUAAUAAACAAUAUUAUUUUGGAUAUUCAAAUAUGGUAUUAAAUAAAUAUUCAACAAAUGAGGAUAUUGUUGAAUAUUCAAUGAGAUUAUUAUGUAGAAUAAUUAAAGGAGAUGGAGUAUUAAUAACAAAUAUUGUUGAUAAACAAAUUUGGACAAUGUUAAUGACAAUUAGUGGAAAAUAUUACAAUAACAAUCAAAUACAAAAGUAUUUAUUAAGAAUACUUAAUCAAAUUAUUAGUAAUUUAACUAUUAAAGAAAAUAAAGAACUUAUUAUUCAAUAUUAUUUAAAUCGAAUUAAAGAAUCAGAAGGAGAAAUAAAAGAAUUGUUGUAUAAUGGAAUAUAUUAUUGCACUAAACAAAGUAUCAAUAAUAAUGAUUUUAUUAAUUCGAUUCUCCAAAUUAUUGGUGAAGAAUUAAAAGAAGAUAAAGAAAAUAAUUCAAUUAUCAUUAGUAAUUGUUUUGGAAUAUUAAAUAAUCUUCAAGAACAACAAAUUGAUAUUUUUAUAAUUUCAACAAUCAUUGAUAACAUUAUUCAAUUAACUUUAAAAUAUAUGAAUGAUAUUGUUAUUCAAAAAUAUGGAAUACAUUUAAUUCGAUUAUCAAGUUUUAAUGAUAAGUUUCAUUCUAAUGAAUCAUUACUUUCACUUCGAGAGUCUAUUACAUUAUACAAAACAGAAAAUCAAAUACUUGAAGAUACUUGUGUAAUUUGUUACAACUUAUAUUUAAAUGAAGAAAAUAUAGAAAAGAAAGAAAAUAUUAAAACACUUGUUAAUUUAAUCAAAGAAACUAAUUCAACUAAUAAAAUCAUUUAUGCAAUAUGGUAUGCAUUAUCAAACCAUCUUACUUUGAAUUUUGUUCAUUGA